GAACCUAACUGCCUGUCACAAAGAUGGCGUCGGGCUUCCCGUUAAGGAAGCUCGGGCGCUUCCUCUGGGCGGGUAGCGGCGGGCGCGCCUGCGCGAUGAGGCUCGGAGGCCUUGUCGCGGUGGUUGUUCGAAUGGAGCGAGAGUGGUUCCGGAGUGGAGGGAAAGUGAGAGGGAGAUAUGGGGCGAGGGGGCUAUCCGGGAGGAAAGCAGAGUCCUGGGCUGGAGGGAAUGGAGCCGGAUCGGGCAAGAACCGCAUUCCUGAUAGGUGGCAGGAAUACUCUGCAGUUGGCCAAAGGCUCCCAGGGACCAGGUUCAUCGCCUUCAAAGUUCCACUGAAGAAGGUAUUUGAAAGCCGCCUGAUGCCCCAUGAAAUCUUCUCGCCGACUGAUCUUUUGAAACAACUUAGUGAGCAGCAUCAAGAGUUGGGCAAGAUUAUUGACCUCACCUUUACAAAGCGAUAUUAUGACUCUACGGAGCUGCCAGAGGAUUUGCAGUACGAGAAGAUUUUCACUGCUGGCCAUGAGGUACCAAGUGCAAAAAACAUCUUAAGCUUCAAACAAGCCGUGAAAACGUUCCUACUGGAGAAUAUGGACAAUGAUAAACUGGUUGGAGUUCAUUGCACUCACGGCGUUAACAGGACUGGCUAUCUCAUUUGCAGGUAUCUGGUUGAUGUGGAUGGAAUGGACCCUCAUGAAGCGAUUGACCUGUUCAAUAGAUCCCGUGGACAUCCAAUUGAGAGGCAGAAUUACAUUCAGGAUUUGUUACAGGGGCCUCAUCGAAGCAAUAAAGGAAUUGAUAUCCCGACUAUUUGCACAAAGCAGAUGGGACAAUUCAGCCUGCAGUCUAUGUCUGCACCACAAGACAGGGCAAAGCAAGCUAAAUACCCUGCGAGGAAUGACUGUCGUGAAUUCAGUCACUUUGUCUACCCACCCGAUCAGUCCGCUAAUUCCUACUUGCCUAUGCGCCAUUCCAGGGGAAACAGCGCUGUUCAUCAACCAGUGCUAAGUAAUGGACAAUAUGGUGCAUCUUCAGACCAUACUGGCAGGUGGCAGCAGUCAUCCUGGAGGAAUCACCAGGCCCAUUCUUCAUGGCAGCAUUACCCGAUGGAGUCUCCCUGGGGCAAAGAUCAGCCGCUGCAUCCCUGGGCUGGUUACCAACAACGUGCUGCAAGGAGAAAGAACUUGAUCUCUCAAGGUCAGGUUGGAGUAAACACCCAUCUGCGAUGGGACGAUUGAAAUGUGGAUGGGAAAUAUUUUAGUCACUUUGAUUAAGAGGAACUGAAACAAUGUGCAAGAUAAAACUGCAGCUGGGGGACUAGUUCAGUUAACAGCUACUGUCUCAGGGCAUCACUGCAUUGUCUAGUGUGUUGGUACAUAGAACCCAUAGGGAAAUCUCACACCAUGCACCACAGUAUUGUGUUCAACUCCCAAUCUUUAAUUCAUUUGCUGACAUCACUGUUUCCCCGUCAGCUUUACUUAAUUCACAGAACAGCCCCAACAACCUUCUGCAGUUCAUAUGCUCUCCAUCUAACGGGUCUGGAGGACUUGGAAUUGAUCGGCACUCUGGAUAUUCGGUCUGAGGGGACAGAAUGCAGAUUUCGUUCAGCCAGGUGGAUGUCAAUACACUGCACAGAUAAUGUGUAACUGUUAAAAGGGUCCUGUUCCAUUGAGGACACUUGGUACCUGUAGAGUCAUGAAGAACUACAGCACAGAAACGAGGAUUUUUUCUACUUGGUCUUGUUUUAAAAUUCAACUAUUUUGGAUAAAUCUAAGACUUUUAUUGGAACAAAUUACUGGAGUACAUCUCCCACAUAGUCCAGUAUUAUUUUUAUUAGGAGACAUUGAAGGGACAAUACCGAAACUUAAAUUGAAUAAGUAUCAGAAAAAAAUUAUUAAAAUUGCAUUGGCAGUAGCCAAAAAAGUUAUCGCAGUUACUUGGAAAUAUGAUUUAUAUUUAACUAUGGAUCGUUGGAAUAAUGAAAUACAUAGUUGUAUUCCACUUGAAAAAAAUUACAUACAAUCUAAGAAAUGAAUAUGAUAUAUUUUUGAAAAUUUGGCUCCCAUACUUACAAAAGAUAGGAUUAAGUACAUAGGUCCUUUGAAGAUAAAAUUAUAAAGUAAUUGGGGAAAGUAAAAAUAAAUAUUUAAAUUAUUUUGAAUUCCAUGGAGCAUGUGGGGAUCCUCUGAUAUCCAGGCAAUCUUUCUGUUUUUUCUUUCUUUAGAUAAGGGGAGGGGGGAGGGUCAAUAUUAUUUUUCUCAUUUUUUUUAUCAUCACAUUUAUUCUUCGUAAUUUUCUAAAAUUUAAUAAAUAAAUAUAUUUUUAAAAAAAGGAAACGAGGAUUUUGGACCAUUUAGCCUAUGCUGAACUAGACUCAUUUUACAUUGAGUUGGGAUCAAUUUUUAAUCUUUCCACAGGCAACAAAUGGAUACCCAAAUUUUAGUCAGUCAGAGUGCAUUGGUAAAUGUUACAUUUGAAACUUGAAUGUGAUAGGUUUGUGUUUGAUAGUCUGACUUUGACUGCUGUGUCACCCAAUUCUUCUCCCUAUUGUUUUUUCUUGCCUCAUUUCCAUGGGAAUAUCAGAAGAAUCAUCAGGAUCAUUUCUGGAUUAAUGUACCUUAUCUGGUAAUGAGUGUGGUGCCGAUUUGAGAGCAGAGGUUAACUCAGUUGCCAAUUAAGUUCCACAGGCCCCUAAUCAGCAUUCUCUUCUUCUCGUGGAGAAUGGGCAGGGGUCUCUGGAGGGUGGUUGCGGCUUUUAAACUGAGGACCCUCUGUGUUCUAGGUUGUACAUCUUAUUGGUUUUUGCAGUGAUAUCUUGUGCCUCACCUUUCUACCAGAUCCUCCUAAAAUUCACAGCAUCGAUGUUUGAGGAAGGCAUGAAACAAGAAUUUCUGUGCUCAUUAUUAAAUGUAAUGCAGAAUCAAAAUUAAUCAAUUUUGGCCAUUUGUAUAAUUUUAUCUUUCUGCAGUAUUCUGAACGGUAGAAAUAAUUUUGAGGGUUGUGAGUGUGCUAGGUCUAAGUCUUGACCUCCCUUAUACAGAGGGCCUGUGCUUCCUAUAUCUAACAGCGAAUGGUGUCAACAAUCAUUUACUACUUCUGCUGCCACUUGACACAGAUCGAAUGAAACCAAAGGAUUUCCCAUAAGUGGUGGGAUCGAUUAGACAAUUUGUUCACUCUUUGCUGUUUGUUUUCACUUUCCUCAUGCUUUCAUUGAGGAGACUCUGUGCCUUUCCACAUGCUUAGAGUCAUAGAGAACUACAGCACAGAAACAGGCCCUUCGGGCCAUCUAAUCCAUGCAGAGCUGUUAUUCUACCUAGUCCCAUCAACUUGCACAUGGACCAUAGUCCUCCAUGACCCCUCCCAUCCAUAUACUUAUCCAAACCCAUGUUCACCACUUCCACUGGCAGCUCGUUCUGCACUCUUACUUCACUUUGAGUGAAGAAGUUUCACCAAUGUUCCCUUCAAACAUUUCACCUUUAACCCAUGACUUCUAGUGAUGCUUGCACCCAGCUUCUGUGGGGUGGUGGCAGGGAGUCUGCUUGCAUUUAUCCCUGUCUUUUCCCCACAUAUUUGGGGUUGAGAUGGUGAACAGCUUUAAGUUCCUCAGCAUAAACAUCACUGAAGAUCUCACAUGGUCUGUACAUACUGGCUGUGUGGUGAAAAAGGCACAACAACGCCUCUUUCAAAUCAGACAGUUGAAGAAGUUUGGUAUGGGCCCCUAAAUCCUAAGAACUUUCUAAAGGUGCACUAUUGAGAGCAUCAUGACUAGCUGUAUCACUGUCUGGUAUGGGACUACCUCCCUCAAUCACAGGGCUCUGCAGAGAGUGGUGUGGUGUGGACAGCCCAGUGCACCUGUAGAUGUGAACUUCCCACUAUUCAGGAUAUUUACAAAGACAGGUGUGUAAAAAGGACCAGAAAGAUUAUUGGGGAACCAAGUCACUCCAACCACAAACUGUUCCAGCUGCUAUCAUCCGGAAAAUGGUACCACAGCAUAAAAGCCAGGACUAGCAGGCUCCGGGACAGCUUCUUCCACCAGGCCAUCAGACUACUUAAUUCAUGCUGACACAACUGUAUUUUUAUGAACUGUCUAGGCUAUAUUAUAAAUUACUAUACAUUGCACAUUUAGAUGGAGAUGUAAAGAUUUUUACUUCUCAUGUAUAUGAAGGAUGUAAGUAAUAAAGUAAAUUCAAUUCAAUUCGAAUCUUCCUUCAUCCUCCUACACUCCAGGGAAUAGGUCGUAACCUAUUCAACCUUUCCCUAUAAUUCAGGUCCUCAAGUGCUGGCAACAUCCUUAUAAACGUUCUCCACAGUCUUUCAAUCUUAUUGAUAUCUUUCCUAUAGUUAGGUGACCAGAUCAGCAUACAAUACUCCAAAUUUGACGUCACCAAUAUUUUGUACAAUUUCAAUGUAAUAUCCCAAUUCCUGUACUCAGUACUUUGAUUUGCGAAAGCCAAUAUGCCAAAGAUCUCUUUAUGGUACACUAUCGGCAUGACACUGAUUUCAAUAAAUUAU